CUAUUUUGUACAUAUGUAUUUCAUAUGUUCAGUAUUUCAUAUGUUCAGAUGGAGGCCUUUUUAUAUAUUCAUUGCAGAACUAGUGAACUACACCUCGAAAGAAAGCACAUACAUAGGCGCAUAACAACGCAUUGUAGAGCACUGUCACACGGUACAUACACUCGUAUUAUACAAAAGAAAAGAUUUGCAUUUUAAAUAUGACACAACAACAGACCCCAAAGGGAAUCUUCAAACAAUUAGCCGAUAAGGAAGGCAAAGUUUCACCGACGAGAGUCCCGAUUUUUCUUAGGGCCGCUGGUCUGGCACCCUCUCAAUCCCAGCUGGCGGAAGUCAUAAAUUCACUGCAUGGCGAAUCGGUGGACCGAGCGAAAGCUCUCGAACUUUAUGAAGCUUGUUUGAAGAACUGGGGUACCCAAGAUAAUCUCGUGUCCAAAGUUACUAGCAACUUUGAAAACGGAAGUCUCUCGAAGAUGCUGUCAGACAUGGGCGAUGAAUUAACGAAGGAAGAAGUGGUCGACGUUUUAAAGCAAGUAAAUCUGGAGUCGUCCGCAAGUUUACACGACUUUGCUGAGGUACUCUUGGCCCAGGGUUGAGAUUCUGUAGCUGGCAAUUAAGAACUUACUGUGCUUCGGUAAACAAUAAUGCGACCGAAAAGUGCGCCGCUUGUAGGUGCGGGUGCACCGGAACGGCCACAUGUCUGUCCAAUAACACAUUAUGACGCAUAGUGUCAUAAACCGCAGACCAGCAAAUGUUUUAGUUUAAAGCUAAUCCCCAAACAAUCAUUGUUAUAUCAAUAUCUAUACCGCGCGUCAAAAAGUAUCUUGUGCGCACGAAGAGUGUAUGUCGCUAAAUCUUACAAUAAAAGAUGCAAUAAAAGACAUUCGUAUUUCGGAA